AUGUCAGAAUCCAUCUCUUCUUUUGCUUCAAAAGACGUAUCAUCUAUAAUAUCAUUAAAUAGUCAUAUAAACGAGAGCAACUUAUCUACAAAAGUACUAUUUGAUUUUGAUCCUUCUAAAAAUGUAUUAUCAAGACCCCUUUCCACAUGUUCAGGCAAUUCAGGCUUUUCAAUUACAGGUACAAAAGAUAGCACUGAAAGUAAACCCACCAUUAGAACAGGAUUAAACCAAUAUUUAUCGAAUCUUUUAGAACCCAAGUGCCAUUAUUCAAAACAUUCUAUUGAUACACCUAUCUCUGGAUAUUCUUCUAGAUGUUCAUCUAAAUUUGACCUAGGUAAAACCAAUCAUUCAAAUUAUAUAACUGAAUCAUACAUUGAAAAUCAAAUUCAACAAUAUCCAGAUCUAAUACUGAGUUCUUGUUCAACCCCAAUAUAUCCAGACUGUCCAACUUCACCACCAAUGACUUUAAAAGAAAAAAUAAAGUUAUUAAACAUUAACAGACCAUAUAGUAAUGGAAAUUUUAAACACCCUCAAAAAAAUAUUAAUAAAAAUGACUUUUUCUAUAAUACCCAUCAUACCAAUUCCAAUGAUUCAAUAAACAUACUUCAAGAUGUUGAUGAUGUGUCUAUUGAUAAUCUAUUAGACUCUAAUAAUAUUUCUAACAAUUGUUGGGAUACUAUGGAAAAAAAAUCUAAAAUGAGUAAACUUGAACACGAACUGAAUAUAUAUCAUCCUUCAGGAGAAAUUGACUUACAAAGUGACACUAGCACUCUAGGUGAUGACGAAUCUUAUCUUUCAACUUUUAGAAAUUUACGUGAUAAAGAAAAUUUUGAUAUCGAAAUAGAUGGCGAUAUUACAAAUAACAAUAGCAAUGAUAGAGAUAAGAAUGAUAAUGUUCAAUUAUUUCAAAGUAAUGAAGCAAUAGAAUAA